UUGGCCGGCCGGCAUAGCAUUUUUGAUACGUGCCGAGUGUGGUGGUGUUUGUUGUUUUUGUUGUUGUUGUUAGUUUUCCCUUUGACAUUAGAACGAAAUUAAUCCGAUCAUGUCGAGGAUCGUCGGUGCGCUCAUUUGCCUCAGCCUCGCUGUCGCUGGCCUCAGCGCCGAAGAAUUGCCCAAAGGCGUGAAAACGUGCAAACGUGACUCGGCCGAUUACACUUCCUGCUUGAGGUUAGCCAUUCAGGAAUCAUGGCUCACCUUCGUCAAAGGCAUUCCCGAAAUCGGCCUGCCGGUCCUCGACCCUAUGGUCGUUGAUUACAUGGAGAACCAAUACGACUUUGGCGACGUGAACGGUCGAUUCGCUCUGCGCGACGUCAAGACCUACGGCAUGGCCAAGAUCAACUUCUUGGCCGUCAGGCCGAAAUACGACGGCGACAAGAUGGACAUGGACAUCGAUGUUGCCAUUCCCAAGAUCUACAUCGAUGGCUACUACAAAGCCGACGGCGCCAUUGGCAACUUCAAAGUCGGUGGAAAAGGUUAUUUCAACAUCAGUAUGGAGGGCAUCCGUACCACAUGGAGCCUGAAAGGCCGCGUCGAGAACGACCGAUGGGUCAUCGAGCAUUUCUACAUGAGUCCCCAGGUGGAGAGCAUGAAGGUCUACUUCGACGAUCUAUUUAACGGCAACCAAGCGCUCAAUCAAGCCGCUAUGGUCUUUGUCAACGAGUACUGGCCGGUGCUCUACAACUCGAUGCUGCCGGUCGUCAGAGAUCAUUGGGACCUGCACUUGUCCGACUUUGUCAAUCGAUUGAUCUUCUCCAAGAUCUCCGUCUCUACCUAUUUUCCCUGAUGAGCUCGUCUCAAGGAUUUUUUUUUAUUCAUUGUAAUUAGGACGUAUUACACACAGCAAAGCUUCUGAGUGAUGUUAGAAACUGAUUUGUUACAAAGAAAAAGUUCAAGUACCACAUUGAUAUGCAACCAUACUUUGUAAAUAGACAAAAUAAAGACACUUUUUUGUUCAA